UUGCCAAUGUCAAAUAUAAGUUCUUUUUUUGAUUAUGUACUACACAGUUGCUACUGAAUUCUUACCUUGCUUUAAUGUUUAAGUCCAGAGGCGGAGGUGGGAUUUUGAGUUUAUGAGUUUUGGAUUCUAGAAACGAUAGGGUACUAGGUUCUGGAUAAGUUAUUUAUACAUAUUAAGUGGAUUUUGAACAUAAAUAUAGAGUUUGAGCCAAAGUUAAUGAAUUCUGCAGAAAAGGAAGCCAUAGUUUUGCUCCUUUACUUUUAUUCAGAUUGUGCAAUUUGGGAAUCUGUGUUUUGUUUCAUGUAAACAAGUAUGGCUCUUUCUGGGGCUAAUAAAGAUGGAAGAGACGUGAGGAUUCACGAGUAUUUGGACGAACUCAACACCAAUUUGGCAGAUUAUAUUGCAGAAUUAUCAGAGGCUUCUGUGAAGGAGAGGGGGGUAUUUACUAUUGCUUUAUCUGGUGGCUCCCUCAUCAGCUUGAUGGGAAAACUAUGUGAAGCUCCUUAUAGCAAAACUGUUGAUUGGGCUAAGUGGUAUAUAUUUUGGGUGGACGAACGUGUGGUGGCAAAAAAUCAUGCUGACAGUAAUUACAAACUUGCCAAGGAUGGACUUUUGUCCAAGGUGCCUAUUGUUCCAAGCCAUGUACAUUCCAUUAACGACACGGUCUCAGCAGAAAAAGCUGCAGAAGACUAUGAGUUUGUUAUUCGACAGCUCGUGAGGACUCGUGUAAUCAACGUUUCUGACAUCAGUGACUGCCCCAAGUUUGACCUCAUCCUUCUAGGAAUGGGACCGGAUGGGCACGUUGCAUCUCUUUUCCCUAAUCACUCCAUACUCGAUGAAAAAGAAGAGUGGGUAACUUUUCUCACCGACUCACCCAAGCCCCCUCCGGAGAGGAUUACUUUCACUUUACCUGUUAUCAACUCUUCAUCUAAUGUGGCUAUAGUUGUAACUGGAAGCAACAAAGCUGAGGCUGUUCAUUCGGCGAUUGAUGAUUUGGGACCCGACUGCCCGACAUUGCCUGCAAAAAUGGUCCAGCCAACUAAAGGGAAUUUGGUUUGGUUUCUGGACAAGGCAGCUGCAUCAAAACUUGACAGCGCAAAAUUUUCCGAGUAGGGCCAGGGUUUCAAAAUGUAUGAUUUGUAUAUGUAGCAAAAGGCAUAUACAACUUUAGUUCACUCUCAUCUUUCAUCAAGUCUUCUCUUUUGAUCUUCCCUUUUUUUGUUUCAAAUUUUUGACACCCUUUUCCUGUUUGAGAAGAAAAUAUGGAGCUUUUUGUUCUGUUGGAUUAGGUAUCUUCCACCUGCAGUCCUCUCUUCUGAGGUGGGGUUUGAGAAGUGUGUUUUUUGUUGGGGAAGAUGGAAAUAAAAUUGGAUCCUUACCCAGAA